UGUUCUUCGUGCUGUUUAUCCUGAACUUCAUCUUGGUGGGAGUCAUGAUCGCUUUGUCGUCCAAAGAUGUCGAAGACGUCGAGAUUUCGGGAUCGGGUCUUGGAGAAAGAGACCUAGGAAUCAGAAGAUCGUUAGACGAGUACAUUUGGAACCCUAGACUGUACACAAUGUUGUUUGCAUCGCUGUGUCUUGUCGGAGUCACCAGUGUAUUCUUGUUCAGAUUUGAUGUAUUAUUGAAGGAAGAGGAUGAUGGAGACACAAAUCUUUAUUCUUAUUAUAGAACCAUAAUUUUGACACAAACACUGUCUGCUAUCAUUGUUGGAUUGUUGAGCUACUUCACCAGAACUUCAGUAAAUGAAUAUAUAUGGGCUAUUAUUGGAGCUAUUAUCGCUAUUAUCGGAGUAAUCCUCUACCUUGUUUCAAAAGAUUCUUCAAACAUAACCUAUGCAGGAACAAUUUUAGUUGCAAUUGGAUCAGGAAUUGGAUGGGUAAUGUUUCCUUUGAUUGCAUAUGAUGAUGCUGGACCACAACCUUUUGGAGUCAUUCUGAGCUUGAUCUUCUUAUUCAACUUCUGGGGGAUGACCUUCUUUGGUGGAAUUUUCUUCUUACUCACCGAAUAUUCAAAACCAUUGAUGCCAUUCUUCUUCGUAUUCAUAGUUGGAUUAAUCGCAUCUAUCAUUUCAAGCGCAAUUUCACUAUUCCUGGAUGAUGAACAAAUAAAGAGGUAUUACUAA